UGUCGCUCGCUCGGGCCGCGUCGGGCGGCGUUCUCCUCAGUUCUUGGCGGGCUGCGGACGCCGCGGCGCUCUCCGGCCGACGGCUGCGGACCCUCGAGGGCUCGUCAGGCGCGCCCCGGCGCCCCCGCCGCCCGGAGUCCGGAGACCACGAGGCGCCGCCGCGUCGUCCCGCGCUCGCCGGCCCGGCGGCUGCAGCCAUGUCGCGGGGUCCCGAGGAGGUGAACCGGCUCACGGAGAGCACCUACCGGAAUGUUAUGGAGCAGUUCAAUCCUGGGCUACGCAAUUUAAUAAACCUAGGAAAAAAUUACGAGAAAGCUGUUAGUGCUAUGAUCCUGGCGGGAAAAGCCUACUACGAUGGAGUGGCCAAGAUCGGUGAGAUUGCCACUGGGUCCCCCGUGUCGACUGAGCUGGGCCAUGUUCUCAUAGAGAUUUCGAACACCCACAAGAAACUCAAUGAGAGUCUCGAUGAAAAUUUCAAAAAAUUCCAUAAGGAGAUCAUCCAUGAGUUGGAGAAGAAGAUAGAACUCGACGUGAAAUACAUGAACGCGACUCUGAAGAGGUACCAGGCAGAGCACAGGAGCAAGCUCGACUCCUUGGAGAAAUCGCAGGCCGAGCUGAAGAAGAUCAGGAGGAAAAGCCAAGGAGGGCGGAAUGCGCUGAAAUACGAGCACAAGGAAAUAGAGUACGUGGAGACCGUGACUUCUCGCCAGAGUGAGAUCCAGAAGUUCAUCGCAGACGGCUGCAAGGAAGCCCUGCUGGAAGAGAAGAGGCGCUUCUGCUUCCUGGUGGACAAGCACUGCAGCUUCGCGGACCGCAUCCACCGGUACCACCUGCAGUCUGCGGAGUUACUUAAUUCCAAGCUGCCCAGGUGGCAGGAAACCUGCGGUGAUGUCACCAAAGUGCCCGAGAAAAUCAUGAACAUGAUAGAAGAAAUAACAACCCCUGGCUCCACCCCGGUGUCCGGGACGCCUCAGCCGUCACCCAUGAUGGAGAGGAGCAGCAUGGUUGGGAAAGACUACGACACCCUUUCUAAACCAAAGAUGCCCCCCGCUCCGUCAGCCAGAGCGUACACCAGUCCUUUGAUUGAUAUGUUCAAUAACCCAGCAACAGUCACUCAGAGCUCAGAAAAGACAAAUAAUUCCACAGCUGCUUCAGAAGACGCCAGUCUGCAGCGCUCCGUUUCAGUGGCCACUGGCCUGAACCUGAUGAGAAGGCAGAGGGUGAAGGCCAUUUUCCCGCACACCGCCGGCACCAACAAGACCUUACUGAGCUUCGCACAGGGGGACGUCCUCACGCUGCUCGUGGCCGAAGAGAAGGAUGGCUGGCUCUACGGCGAGCACGACACCACCAGAGCGAGGGGCUGGUUCCCGUCCUCGUACACAAAGCUGCUGGAAGAAGACGCGCAGGAAACCGUGGCCCCACCCACGCCAAGCCCGGCACCGGUGAGAAGCGUCAGCACCGUGAACCUCUGUGAGAAGAGCAGUGUGGCCAUCCCCCCGCCCGACUACCUCGAGUGUCUGUCCACGGGAGCAGCUGCCGCCCAGAGAGGGGGCACCGCCGAGAGCACCUCCACCUUCAAAGCGCCCGGCUCCAGACUAGAGGCCACACCUCCUAAUGAUGCCAACGGAACCACAAAGCCCCCUUUUCUCAGUGGAGAAAACCCUUUUGCCACUGUGAAGCUGCGACCGACGGUGACAAAUGACCGAUCGGCACCCAUCAUCCGAUGAGAAGACGCCGGGCUCUCCGGGUUCCUGGGUGUGCGUUGGCACGGCCGUGAGCCUCGCGGGAGGGCGCCUCACUGCAGUCAACGUAUUCUCACUGGGACACAGCUGGGGGUACACACUCUGUCUGAGACGAAUGAGUAGUAGCUUCCUGAUCGCCCAAAGUGUUUUCUUCCUAUAAAGUAGAUCUGGUUCCAGUACUUUACCUUUUUUUUUUACACUACUCUGAGUUCCUUUUCAGAGUAAGGGGCAGCCGGGCCUGAUGCCCGAUGCCCCUGAAUGCCAGCCAGACCACAGACUGACAGCGCUUCGUGCUGCGACGGCUAGCUAGAGAAAAUACUACGUCUAAGAUUGCAUCUCUGCAUGCAAGAAUUUUAAAUUAUGGAAAUAUAGAGGAUGUAUUAAUUUUUUAACUUAAAAAUCUAAACUUCUGAUUAAACAAAUGGUGGCGCUACCCAGGGUGGGGCAGCCCCCGGGCGGCUCCGCAGUGCGCGUGCCCGACCGCCUGCCCCUCCCCGCGGAUGGUGACCCUGGCGGUGGUUAGGGCUGGUGCUGUAUUUCAGCCGAGCGGCCACGGUGCCUGAGCCAGACACGAGCCAGGGGCUGGGCCUGCUGUAGAGUGCGUGGAAGUUCACACGGAGGCCCGGCCUGCCUGUCGGCAAGGAAGGCUUUGCUUCCCGGCUCCUUUGCUCUCCCCCUAAAUACACCAUCUUCUAGAAGCUUGAACGGAUCAAGGUCAAGUGCAGAGAAACCAGCGUACAUGGACAGUUCCUGCCUCGGCCAUGAAGGCUCCUGACCCGGGGCUGCUCUGACCCCCACGGCCCCGGGUCAGGAAGAGAGGCUGGGGGGGGGGAGGAGCCUUGCCCCGGGAUUGCAGUGUGCUGCCCCCGUGGCCGGAGCCAGGGUCACUCACCGGGCCAGCCUCGCGUCCUGGGUACCGGGUGCGGGCUCUGUUCACGCCGAGAUGUGAUGCCAAAUUCUAAUAAAGGCGAGCUGGAAACGA